UUUUGAAAUAUCUGCAGUGUUGCAUUCCUGAUGUCCCAAUGUUCUCACACUGGAGCGCUAGCGCUGCUGGUCCAACUCUCAAGCUCUCGUUGGGACUGGAGGAAGAUCAAGCUGACCUGCUGCAAUGAGUUUCCUCGGUGGUCUGUUUGGUCCUGUAUGUGAGAUUGACGUCGUACUCAAUGACGCCGAGAGCAGAAAAACAGCAGAGCUGAAGACAGAAGAUGGGAAAGUGGAGAAACACUAUUUAUUUUAUGAUGGAGAGUCAGUUUCCGGAAAGGUAAACCUCAACGUUAAACAAACUGGCAAGCGGCUUGAACAUCAGGGAAUUCGGAUAGAGUUUGUUGGACAGAUUGAACUGUUCAGUGAUAAAAGCAACACACACGAGUUUGUGAACCUGGUGAAGGAGCUUGCUCUUCCGGGAGAGCUGACCCAGAAUCGCAGCUAUGACUUUGAGUUCAUGCAAGUGGAGAAGCCAUACGAGUCGUAUGUUGGAGCUAAUGUGCGACUGAGGUAUUUUCUCAAAGUAACCAUAGUGAGGAGGCUUUCCGAUUUGGUCAAGGAGUAUGACCUUAUUGUCCAUCAGCUUGCCACCUACCCAGAUGUCAAUAAUUCUAUCAAAAUGGAAGUGGGCAUUGAGGACUGCCUACACAUAGAGUUUGAGUACAACAAGUCCAAAUACCACCUGAAAGAUGUAAUUGUGGGUAAAAUCUACUUUCUACUGGUUCGAAUCAAAAUCCAACACAUGGAGCUUCAGCUAAUCAAGAAAGAAAUGACGGGAAUCGGGCCGAGCACAACUACAGAGACAGAAACGGUGGCAAAGUAUGAGAUUAUGGAUGGAGCACCUGUGAAAGGGGAAUCCAUUCCCAUACGUCUCUUCCUGGCUGGCUAUGAUCUUACAGCUACAAUGAGAGACGUAAACAAGAAGUUCUCUGUGAGGUACUUCUUAAAUCUGGUGCUGGUAGAUGAAGAGGACAGGAGAUACUUCAAACAGCAGGAGAUCGUUUUGUGGCGAAAAGCACCCGAGAAGCUCCGAAAACGCAACUUCCACCAGCGUUAUGAGUCCCCCGAGUCACGGCCGAGCCUCUCUGCUGAACAACCUGAAAUGUGAGCAAGCAGCCAGCCAUGGACACGUUUCCGCAGUGGUCAAUCACAGGAAUGGAGAGCAAAUCCCAUUAAACAUCUCCACCUCCACUCCUCGCAGCUUGCGGUGAUCGGCCGUGUCUGUGCCUGCCUUCGCUGUGUCCACUCCGCCGUCCACAGCAGCCAGUUUGUUAGCAUUUAAGGACUUUUUCCACAGUAUAGAAAGCACUGGAACAGAAGCUACUAUGUAAAAUCCUGUAAUACAGUUUGGGGCUUGCACCCUUCACUAGAAGAUUUUUAAGCACUUGCUAGUUUUUGAAGAUCCGGAUAAAAGUAUACGAAUUUUACUUGACUUCACUUUAGAGAGGAUACCACUGCAUGCUGGCUGGAUGAAAUGUAUCUUUUGGUUAUUAGGGGUGAAUGUUGGCUGUAGGGGUCAUUGUUCAUCAGUCAAGAAAUGAAAUGUGUUCUCCAUGUACCCAAGCCAUAGUGCUCUAUAAAUUUUUGCAAUCACAUCAUUGUGUAAAAAAACCAACAAAAACUAUUUAACUUAUUUAGCAUCUAAUCUUUAGGUCUUUACUGCAAUAUAUAAAUUCUCCCUAUUGUAAUUACUUUUUGGAAAAAAGAAAUAUAUAUAAUUUUUUUUUUUGUUUUUUUUGAACGAGGCUUUGGAUAUUGAGUUUUCAGUUACAGUGGAGUUACACGUAAAGCUUAUGGAACCUACAGCCCAUGGAAUCUAAACGGUUAUGUUCAGAGUUCACCACAUAGACUUAAAUAUUCUUAUUUCUUAACUUGUUGAUUUCACAUGCUGGCAUAGCAGACCUAAAUAUAGGCUGCGCUGCUUUCCAUUUAAGAGUAUUAACUGUUUGCCUUUUUUCAAAACCACAUUUCAUCAUAAAGCCAUUUCAUUCAUUUGUUUUAAUGUACAAGUAGCCACAAGCUUAUGACGAAAUGUGUCAUGUUUGUUGCAUGACCUGUCCAAGGUUCUGGAAUAACAAAAUAUUCAUAAAACUUUGAAUUCUGUUUCAUGCCAAUGUGCAAUGUGCCGGUUUUCUCUAGGAUGGUGAGAAAAUACAUUCCUUUGGAUAUUGAUUUACCAGCGUAUAAACCAUUAGGGUUAAGAUAUGAAUAAUAUCAUUUAUAACUUAAACAGUACUAUAGGAAUGGCAUUUCCCACCUACAAUGGCUGCUGCAGUCAUUUUAAAUAUGAGAAAUAGGGGUGAAGCAGGUAAAAUUGGUUAUUAGUGGACCUUGAAAACACUGUACAUAUCCAGCCUCAAUAUGUUUAUCUGUCAAAUAAAAAUGCAAGUUUAUACUGGAAAA